AUGCCACCCAAGAAGAGGACUAGGAUUACGAAGUCAACGGAGUCGAUCCCAUCUCUCGCUACGAUGCACCGAUUCUGGGAGAUCGAAGAACUCAUAUCGCUGGUAUAUGAGGAACUGGACAUGUGCGAUAGAGACGACUCCUCGGCAGACAUGUUGUCCUUGGUGCUCACGAGAAAGAAGAACUUUGCCAGUGGGCUUGCUCACAUUUGGAGGAGGCCGGCUCUUCCACAGCUCGUCCGUCUCUGUCACCACCUGGUCGAUGCGGCUACGUCACCUAUUCUCGCCAAAGGUGGAUGGGACAGGCUCCUCUUGUACUCUCGACACAUCCGGAUCUUGAAUACCUCUCGCACCCUCGCACGUCAUAGGGGCGUGACAUAUUAUCACUUUCAUGACGUACUCAUCCAAGCCGGCCAGCGUCAUGUCGACCUGUUUCCAAUGCUGCAGCAACUGACAUUCGACGUGGACAGCGAGAUCUCAUUCGCUACACUCUCGGCGGCAUUGCGGAUCACAUUGCGCACCCUCUGCGUCCAGUUCUAUCCAGCCCCAUCUAUGGCUUCUGUCUGGGACGAGGGAUUUAUGUUACUAUGUUCCGGUCUGAAAUAUAAGUGUCCGAGGCUGGUGCGGCUCGAGGUCCCGAUACUCCCUCCUCAUGCUGACGCAGUACUUUUGCGAACACUGGUGGAGGCGACUUCGAAUGUACGGUGCUUCAGCUUAGGGUCAAGACACAGCGCGAUCAUGAUAAAACCAAUGCAGAUUCUGGAGAUAUCGACUAUGUACCCUGCACUGGAGGACCUAUCCGUGUGGUCAGUGCCUGCCUCUGGCGACAAACAACAGGAACCAUGUACGCUUCCCGUCAUGUCGUUCCCCUGUUUGCGACGCGUGGCCAUCGGGUUGUCAGAGAAGACAGCAGCGUUGGUCGCGUUGCGUGCGUGCACCUCAUCCCUCCAGGAAGUCAUAAUCAACAUCGACUGCAGCUGUCACCCACGGUUCAGAGGGACACACGGAUCUCUUGCUAGCCAACCUCCCCCUGUGCCCAACACCUUCUCCCAAGUACUAUCGGAGAUCGUCCGCGCCAUCAGUGCCCUUCCCUGCCCUGACCUCUUGUCUCUCACGAUAACCUUUUCCCACCCUGAGGUGAACUUGGUUCUUCAACCACUCGAGCCCGUCCCUUACUGUAUAUUUCACCCACUCACUCGAUUCUCCAAACUGCAAACCUUCAAACUGUCCCUGAACCUCGGCCCAACAGCGGACAAUCGCUCCCUGGAUAUCACGGAUGAGGACAUGGUCCUGCUCGCCGCUGCCUGGCCGGAGCUGCGACAUCUCGGGGUGACCUGGGUUCAGGGUAGCCAUGAAGGGUCUGGAAUCCUGAAUCCAAACCGGCUCACGUUCGGGGGUACACUGGCGCCCCUGGCCCAAGGCUGCCCCAAGCUGGAAACGAUCCACAUAUCUUUCCUCAACGCUAUGCCGCCUAUCCCGAUUCCCUACCCUCGUCCGUGCGCGAACCUGAAGGAGAUUAGGGUGGACAAAGGCCGGCUAUGGGACGUGCUGGAGAAAGGUCGAUUCUUGCUAGCUGUAUGGCCGAACGCCGAUUUUGGCUGGGAACCGGACGAGGGGGAUCUGGAAGUGUGGAAACCAUUGGGGAAGAUGUUAGAGAGACUGCGGAAUGGUGGGAGGUUGACAAGAGCUGUGAUGAGGGUCGAGUUUCCUCGGACGCUGUACAUCCAUUGA